CGGUAGAUGUGAAAGUGACAGACUCGGGCUCGCGCUGAAAACAAAGGUGUGAAAAAAACAAAUCGCGAAACGUUGCACGGUACAGUUUCAUUUUAAACUACAAGGUGGAACAUUAAAACCACAGAGCUGGUAUGCUGUGUUUCCUGUUGCAACAGUAUACUUGAGUCGCACAGCUGUAAAUGCAUUGGAUCGGGUGAGACAAACUGCAAGAGACGUGACAGACAUGGAGAAUGGGAAGGACCGCCUGCAGCAGACCAAGGAGGACGUGGAGGAGGUGAAGGUUAUCAUGUUGGACAACCUGAACAAAGCCGAUGAGAGAUCUGGAAAACUGGUAGAACUGGAGGACAGGACUGAUGACCUGCUUGCAAAGUGUAAAACCUUUGAAAAGACCACCUACAAGGUGAAGCAAAAGAAAAGAUGGGAGAACAAGAAGAUGAAAUUGGUGUUUAUUGGCAUCGGAGUGGCAGCUGGACUUAUCAUUCUUGGACUUAUAAUCUAUGUCAGUGUUGGGCAAUGAUAAAAAGUCCAGGAAAAAAGGAAUGCAAACUAUGGGACUCUAGCAUCACGCUUAACUGCUCAGUCUGUGAUAUUUCUGUGUUUUAGGAUAUUUAUGGGAGCAUUGGCCCCACUCUUUAUUAAUGUACGUCUUCAGUUGAUAUGGUACCAUUGAUUGCUUGGCUGCUUUUUAAAAUAACUUUUCAAAGGUCAUGUCUCCGCUUGGGCAUCACUCCACUACUUCAUUUAAACCAAACAUUAUUAGGCUGCUACUUUUGUACAAUUUAUUUUAUAUUCAUGUUAAUACCACCGCUCAGAGGAACAGAUAACUGGUGUCUGUGGUCGCUGAACUGACACAAUCCAUUUCACCAAUAAGUAAAUCGAUUAUUCCGGUCAACUGUCAGCGCAAGAAGACAGAACAGAACAGAUAAAAUAACAGAGCAGAUGUUAAACUUGGUGAAUAUAUGCAGCUUCAAAUUGGAAAGAAUGAAAUGAUGUACAUAAAAUAGCAUCUGUUAAAAAUGAAAUGUUGUCUGUAUCAUUAAAAUGUGUUUAAAGAUG